CCGACGACUCUACAUGGUCUUCUUCCAACGCUUCCUGUCCUGCUUUGGCACGUGUCUUUCCGUCGUCUUCUCUCUCUCCUUCUCCUCCUUCUCCUUCUCCUCCUUCCCCUUCUCCUCGUUCUCCUUCUCCUUCCACCAGAGCUGCUGCGCAUGCACGUGGAACGGAUCCCAAUCUCACAAGCUCUUCCUCCCCUUCCUCCUCCUCCUCCUCCUCCUCCUCCUCCCUCCUCCGGUCUCUCAGUCACCUCUCCUCUUCUCUCUCUCUCUACCUCUCGUUCACCAAAUGCGAGUCCCCCCGGCGGUCGCACUGCGCGCGGAUGGCACGCGGUCGUCGGCAUUCUCUGUGGCUCAGCAAGGAUGACAUCACUGCGCGCCGAGUUUCGUCGCAGCUGCAACAGCAGCGAAACAAGGAUGACGCCACUGCGUGCCGAGUUUCGUCCCAGCUGCACCUGCAGCGAAACGCCGCUGCGCGCCGAGUUUCGAGCGCGGAUGAUGACGUGUGCAGUCCGUCGUCGGCGCUGCUGCGCGCGCGCGACCACUGCGCGCCAAUGCGGCCACGGUCCGCCUUCCCUCGGCGUUGUCGGGGGCCUGCGCGGCAUCAGCAUCAGCAUCCGCAUCAGGAUGAGUAUCAUUAUCAUUAUCAGCAGCCGCAGCAGCUUCAGGGAAACGCCGCUGCGCGCCGAGUUUCGAAGUGGAUAAGGAUUUUAUUAAGCAAGAAUGACGUGAGCAGCUCGCGGUCGGUGCUUUUUUUCAGGAUCAUCAUCGUCGUAUGUCUCUGUCUCGUCGGGAUUCUGACACGUGUCACAACCACGUGCGCCGCCGCAGAGAUGUGCGUGGUGAAAGUUCCAGGAGGAGUCGUUUUAUUGCCGCCGGCGGACGGGGCGGACGUCCGUCGUCGAGAGGAUCUCGAUCCCGACCCGAAAGAUCUGCCACGUCGGCAACGGUCGCGGUCGUCCGAUGAUCAUCCCAAUCUUCCUCGUCAGGAUCGGGAUAUGGAUCGGGAUAUCGAUAAGCAUAAGGAAAUGCCUAUUGAUAAUGUGGAGAAGCGUAUUACUAUUAUGCCUGUAAUAAUUAUGGAAAACCAGGAAAAGAAUGUUCCUAUUCUGGAAAAGAACAUUCCUAUUCUGGAAAAUAAUAUUAUUGUUGUUGUUAUGGAUAAUAAUAAUAAUAAUAAAAUCGUCCAUAAUAACGUUAUCCAUAAUCAUCAAGUUUUUGGCGGGAAAAGCGAUCAGGCGAAUCUGUUCGAGAAGCUGACGUCGGGAUCACGGUCGUCGCAGACGAAAUUGGUUUUCGAGAAGCUGACGUCGGGAUCGCACUCGUCGCAUAAGAAAUUGGUUUUCGAGAAGCUGACAUCGGGAUCGCGGUCGUCGCAGAAGAAAUCGGUUUUUUCGGAUAAUACGGACGAAGACGUGGAAGAUUCAGGGGCACAUGAAGAGACAGAAAAGCCGGGGAUGGAAUAAGUGUUUCUUUAGAAAGCACAUUUCCGAGACUCAACGGAUUCCUGACAGCUAAACCGUCAGCAAUGGAUGGUAUAACAAACAAAAGAAGCAUUAAUUA